CUCCUGUGUGUGCUGAGAAGAGGACAAGUCCAGAUCUAGCUAUACAUAUGGAGUGGUUUAAGAAGGUUAAAGAUGCUGUUAAGUAUUGGUGGGAAGAAUGGGACCCACAAGCCAGGGAUAUGCAUGAUGAAUGGGUUAGAAAUAGGGGUUGCAAUUUCUCCCGAUUCCCGCAGGGUCUCGUAGGGAUCCCGGAUAAGGGGCAUUUUCUCCCCAUCUACUACAGAUCUGCUGUUAGAGCUGCUACAAAUAUGCUGCUGAAGCUGUUACAGAUUUGCAGACGGCCUCUGAGCCUUUCGCCAUUCUUUCUAGAUUCUAGGUGGUGGAAGAAGAGAAGAGAAGAAAAGAAAAAGAGGGAAGAAGUAGCUACCGUCGCCGCUGCCGCCGCCACCACUGCCACCACCACAGCCGCCGCCAGCGACAAUGGAUCCAAGCCAAUUGAUAACCCUAGCACAUGUUACCAGCAUGCACCAAGUAUAUCUAAUCAAGAUGAGCAAUCCAUCAAGUACUCUAGUGUUGUGUGUACAGCUUGCUAGCUAAGAUCUUAUUUGUGUUUAAUUUCCUUACAAUUUUUGUUUUCAGUUACUUUUGUUUGUUAUUUUGGAUCUUGAUUAUGAGAUUUAUUUUAUUAUGGGUUAUUUUAAUCUAUAUUCUAAAAAUAUAGGUUAAAAUGUUUU